ACUCUACCCGUCGGGGAACAAACCCAUCUUGCACAUACCAGCUAAGCAUGUUUAACUACGAACGUCCAAAACACUUCAUCCAGUCCCAAAAUCCAUGUGGCUCCAGACUGCAGCCUCCAGGACAGGAAGCCCCCGGCUUCCCUAGCCAGACCAAACAAUCCUCCAUCGUCAUCCAGCCCCGCCAGUGCACGGAGCAGAGGUUUUCUGCCUCGUCCACAGUAAGCUCUCACAUCACCGUGUCUUCCUCGGCUUAUCCUGCUUCCCAGCAGCUUGGGGGCCCCAACCCAGGCCAAAAGGUUACUGCCACCUAUAACCAGUCUCCAGCCAGCUUCCUCAGCUCGAUUUUACCAUCUCAACCUGAUUACAGUAACAGUAAGAUCCCAUCUGCUGUGGACUCCAACUAUCAACAAUCCUCAGUUAACCAACCAGUAAAUGCCAUGUCAUCCCAAACUGCAAAUGCUAAGCCCACUCCAAGGACUCCUGACCAUGAAAUCCAAGGAUCAAAAGAAGCAUUGAUUCAAGAUUUGGAGAGAAAGCUGAAAUGCAAGGACACCCUUCUUCAAAAUGGAAAUCAAAGGCUGACCUAUGAGGAGAAGAUGGCUCGCAGGUUGCUAGGUCCCCAGAACGCUGCUGCUGUGUUUCAAGCUCCAAACAAUGACGUCCAAGAUUCUUCACAGCAGCACAACCCGGAACAUGCACGGCUGCAGGUUCCCACAUCACAAGUAAGAAGUAGAUCCUCCUCAAGAGCAGAGGCAAAUGACCAGGACGCCAUCCAAGAGAAGUUUUACCCACCACGCUUCAUUCAAGUGCCAGAAAAUAUGUCGAUUGAAGAAGGACGGUUCUGCAGAAUGGAUUUUAAAGUGAGUGGACUACCGGCCCCUGACGUGUCAUGGUAUCUAAACGGGAGUCCAGUUCAAUCAGAUGAGUUGCACAAAAUGAUAGUAUCUGAGAAAGGCUUUCACUCGCUCAUCUUUGAAGUGGUCAGAGCAUCAGACGCAGGGUCGUAUGCCUGUGUGGCCAGGAACAGAGCCGGAGAAGCCACUUUCACCGUGCAGCUGGACGUCCUUGCAAAAGAGCAUAAAAGAGCGCCAAUGUUUAUCUACAAACCACAGAGUAAAAAGGUUUUUGAGGGAGAGUCAGUGAAACUAGAAUGCCAGAUCUCAGCUAUCCCUCCACCCAAGCUGUUCUGGAAAAGAAACAAUGAAAUGGUCCAGUUCAACACCGAUCGGAUAAGCCUAUAUCAUGACAAUGCCGGAAGAGUGACUUUACUGAUAAAGGACGUAACCAAGAAGGAUGCUGGGUGGUACACAGUGUCCGCAGUCAAUGAGGCUGGUGUGACCACGUGUAACACAAGACUUGACGUCACAGCCCGCCCAAACCAAACGCCCCCAGCUCCCAAGCAGCUGCGUGUUCGACCAACUUUCAGCAAAUAUUUAGCACUUAACGGGAGAGGUUUGGAUGUGAGACAAGCAUUUAACCCAGAAGGAGAGUUUCAGCGCCUAGCGGCUCAAUCUGGACUCUACGAAAGUGAAGAACUUUAA